AUGACUGCUUUCAUGGCCCAAAUGCUCGACGAGUUGAUGGGCACUGGCCGUAAUUCAGUCGAUGGCGCGUCGAAAGUGUCUUUUGAAAACCCAGAGGUCUGCAAAUUCGCGUUGGCCGGUUUCUGUCCCCGAGAAGCGUCCCGCAACACAAAGAUGGACUUUGGGCAAUGCGCUCAGGUGCGUCACGACGAAUGUUUCAAAGAGGAAUAUAAACGCAGCUCGCGCUUUGGCAAACUUGGCUACGAGGAGCAGUUUAUGAGACGUAUUCGCGAAAUCAAUCGAGAGAUUCAACGAAAAAUCGACAAGAACACCGAUCGUCUCAACUCUGGCUGCUUGCCGGGCGUGGAAGGGGUAACGACGGAGUAUGACGAACAAUUGGCCAAUCUGACUCGCCAGAUCGAUGAAAAUAUGAAUAAAGGGCAACUGAUGUGUGAAGCCGGCCAAGUCACCGAGGGACAAGAGUUGCUCAAGGAGGCCGAGGAACUUCAGGUAGAAGCUGCUCGGAAUGGCUGUGACUCAGGGUCGCCGUGGCAAUCGAGACUCCGGCCGUCGACAUGGCCGCAGGCGCCAUCACUCGAAAAGUCGCAGCCCGAGGCGCAGCUGCAGCCUUUCGCCACCCCGUCGAUGCGCCCCAAAUUCAUGCCCGGUCGGAAUCGCGCCGGGCUCGUCAUCGCUAGCCACCCACCUCCCGUUCAAAUCGUGCAGGUCGCCGAAUGCGCUGCUGGCAAUGUAGAGCUCCUGACGCCGUUUAUCUUGCCACUACAAGCAGCUGCAGAGCCGCCUCUCACUCUGCCUACCGCCUUCCCGAGCACUGUUGAUGCUGAAGUGAUGCCCAUACAAAUUGAGUUGAUUGAACUCAUUGACGUCAUCGACUCCAGUCAAGCGGCGCGGCCGCCCAUCGCUGAUGCGGUUUUUUCGGAGGAAUCCCUUGCGAUGGCAUGUGAACAACAGCCCACGAGCUCGUUUCCACCUUUUCAGCGCGUACAAGAGCCGAUGAUCGAGAUGAGGUCGUUUUCGGGAGAGCCACUGCAUGCAUCCACCGGUUCCGUGCCAAUGUUUUUCGGAGCCGAUGAUGAUUCGCGAGAAAUAUCCUACUUGCCACUCCCGAGCCAAGCGGAUCUUCAUUUUGCGACUGUAGCUGCCGGCCCGAUCUAUUUUGAUGCUCACGCUCAUUUGGACCUAUUCAACAGUACUGGGCAUGGUCGUGGGAAGAAGAUGAAGUUCGCGUCGGUGGCUCAGCUGGACCAAAUGUUCAAGCGGAUUCCCCCAAACUUCGGCGGCCUGUUUUGGAAUCUGGUGAUGCCCUCGCAUAUGGUACCACGCUGGCGAUGGGUGCUCGACUUGUUGAAGGAUCGCAAAAUCAUUGGUACGACGGUGGGAAUACACCCGAGAAGCGCGGAUCAGCUCGACAGAAAAUACGAUCAGGGCCAGCAUAUUGCAACGAUGCGCCAAUUUAUCCAGAUGCUGCUCAACGACAAGAAGCAGUACAAGUAUCUGGGCAGCGCCUAUCCGGUAUAUCUGCACUGCGCUCAGCAAAAGCCGAGAAGGAUAAAGGCGUGGAUGGAACUAUCCGGUUGCUUAUUUGGAAUUGGGCCCUGUUUCCUGGACGAUACUCCUGAGGCUCGGGAUGUGAUCAAGAUGAUCCCUCUUUCGCGGAUGUUGGUCGAGACGGACGCUCCAUUCUUCGAUGCUCAUACGAAAAGCGUCUACGAGUUGACGGAUGCCGGCCGGCGUCAGCUUUCCGGUACAGCAACCCAUCCAGCCGCGUGUGCCCUUCUCAAUGAAUAUGUGGCCAAGAUCAAGGGAUUGACAUACGCACAGGUUGCUUAUGCUACACGGACGGCCACGCUACGUUUCUACAACCUGGACGCGGACUAUCAGCAUCUAAUCGAAGAACAAAAAUCUGAAUUU